AUGAACACUCUUUCGCUAAAUAUCAUAGAGUUUCUUGGAAUGAGUCUUGGGAUCGAAAGACGCUAUAUGAGAGAGUUUUACCGAGAUAACGAUUCGAUACUUAGGUUGAAUUACUAUCCGCCAUGCAAGCAGCCAAACCAUACAUUAGGGACAGGACCCCACACCGACCCGACUUCUCUAACCAUACUUUAUCAAGACCACGUCGGUGGUCUUCAGGUUUUCGUGGAGAACCAGUGGAGAUCCAUCGCUCCCAAGCCUCAAUCAUUCGUGGUUAACAUCGGCGAUACCCUCAUGGCGUUGACGAAUGGAAUAUACAGAAGUUGCUUGCACCGAGCAGUGGUGAACAAAGAAAGGGAAACGAUGUCAUUAGCAUUUUUCUUAUGUCCACAAAUGGACAAAGUGGUGAAACCACCGAAGGAGCUACUAGAAGUGUCCGGCCAAAGGCUGUAUCCUAACUUUACAUGGUCCAUGUUUCUUGAGUUCACGCAGAAGCAUUAUAGAUCCGACAAGAACACUCUUCAAAAGUUCUCAGACUGGCUUAGGAGCAAAGAAGUUAUCGACAACAAACUUGCCGGACAAAGUUAG